AAAUUUGUGUUGACUAUCUUUCUCAUGAGUGGAAUAAAGAGGAUGAUAUUUGGACUUCUUGGAGAGUUAUGUCAAAGCAGAAAAAUGAAAUCGCUAAUGGAAUCCACAGUGAUGUAACUUGGUUAUAUGGUCCUUUACAUACUGCAUGGAAUUCUGCUCAUGAAAAAAGUUGUCAAAAAUCUCCAACAACCGAAGAUGAAUUAAAUUUAUUACCUUCAUCACCUCAUCAUAAAUCUUGUCUGAAAAAGAAAUCUAUUUCGGAAACUUUACGUCCUAGAG